CUCCUUCCCCUCGUGCGUGGGAAACUGGAGUCCGGAUUUCCCAGGAGCCGGAGGAGAGAAGUUUGCCCGGCCGGGGUGGCAAAAGAUGGGGGCAAAGCUAGCUCUCUAGGUCCUGGACCAUCCUUGUCUUCUGUGUGAUCCUGGCCCGACAGCAUUUUCUUUCUGAGAAAGAGAGAGAGAAAUACACACACUCAAACACGGAGGAAGACCUGUGGCCAGAAAGCACAUCCCAAGACAUGCCUGAGGACUGAGCCAGGCCGGUUCUUUUAGAACAAAGGAGAGAGGAAAUCAGUGGCGCAAGGGCGAGAUUUGGUCGCAAGCUGCUUGGGGCAGAAGCCAGCGUGGCAGAACAGGCAUGAAAAUGGAGGACAGGAACCCAGAAGGCCUCAAACCACAGCUGGGAGUGGAAGGAAAGGUCAAGAGGAGGCACACCACCCAGUUCGGGGCCACCAGGGCCUUUCUCGGGUGGGCCCCGUUGCAGCAGGUCAAGCAGGAGCCAGACGAGGGAACACCGCAGGGCUGGGAUGCCCCAUUGGAAGAUGUCCCCAAGGCGGGCCAGUCCCCCCAGUCCGGACGGGGGAAUGCACAGCGGCUGGAGCCUGCCCCCUGGGAUGACUCCAAGUCAUUUCGCCCCUCUUUCAAAGGGGCUCUGGAAGCCAGCCGGUGGUUCAGCGACGAACGAGGCCCCCAGCUGCUUCCGGGCCCCGAGAAAGGGGCAGCAAAGGAAGAGAGUGCGGGAGUGGAGGUCCUGAGCAGGGACAUGCUCCGUCAGCGCUUCCGGCAGUUCCGCUACCAGGAGGCUGAGGGGCCCCGCGAGGCCUGCAGCCGCCUCUGGUACCUCUGCCACCGGUGGCUGAAGCCCGAGCGGCACACCAAGGAGCAGAUCCUGGAGCUGGUCAUCCUGGAGCAGUUCCUGACCGUCCUGCCGCCCGAGGUCCAGAGCUGCGUGAGGCAAAAUGACCCGGAGACCUGUGCGCAAGCCGUGGGCCUGGCGGAGGAUUUCCUGCAGAUGAAACAAGAGGCCGAGAGCCAAACGCCUGCACAUCUGGAGACUGACCCAGAGGCCUCCCACUUGGCUGCCGAACAUUUUCCCUUGUCCGAUCCGGUCCCCAGCCCCCCAGACGUAGACCUUCCCUCUCCCGAACCCCGGAGGCGACGGGACGCCUGGUCCCGCAAGGAGACCAUCGCCUUCAUCGACAUCUGGAAAGCCGAGGAUGUCCAGAUCGCCCUGGGCCAGCAGUACCGCAACAUGAAGCUCUUUGCCUGGAUCGCGGACCGGCUGCGGGAGCGGGGCUUCGAGCGCGACGCCGAGCAGUGCCGCAGCCGGGCCAAGGACCUCAAGCGGGGCUACAAGGAGAUCAAGUGCGGGAACCUGCACUCGGGCCGGGCCCCCAAGACGGCGCCCUACUUCAAGCUCCUGGAGCAGUUCCUGUGCCUCCGGAAGGGCAUCGUCUGUGGCAAGGUGUGUGGCGCCGGCGUGGUGGAGCGCUUGGACAAGCGCCGGAAGCGGCUGCCCCUCAACCCCAUGACGGCCACCAGGAUUGCGCGGGGAGGGGCCGAGGGGGCCGAGGCUCUGGAGCCGCGCUUUGCCAGCCCCUUGCCCCAGGCCAGCCCCCCCAGAGAGCUUCGGGGGAGCCCUGGAGAACUCGCGUGUCAAGCCCAGAAGACGCCGAAGCUCGGCAACGCCGACAACGUGCCGUUUGUGGAAAAGGGGGAGCCGCCUCAGAGCACAAACCUCCCACCGCUCCCCAAGGAGACUCCAGGGGCAGCCCAGAUGCCCGAGUCCCUGGAGGAGCUCAGGAAGGUUCCCGUGAACAGCACCGACCGCCUGCGCUUCCGGCGGGAGCGCACCUGGAAGCAACGCCUGGAAUCCACCCGGCGGCUGAUGGACUCGGCCUCGCCCUCUUCCAAGACGAACACCGACCUCGUGGUCGCCCUCCGGCAGCUGCACCAGCAGGACCUCCGGGCGUUCGAAAGCACGAGGCAGGAAGAACGGGCUGAGGACAGGCAGGAGCGCCAGCAGGAGAAGCAAGAGCGGGAGCAGGACCGCGUCACCACCCACCAGAUGAUCGCCGCCAUCGAGCGCUCCCACCAGACCCUGGCCGACCUCAUGGGACGGCAAACCUGCGCCAUGGAGGCCAUCGCAACCGCCUUUUCCAGCCAGAGGUACCCCCUGGCCGGCCCCUUUCCAGGCUGCAACAUCUAUUCGGGGUUCAGCUCCCCGUGGCCUGCUCAGCAGACUGGUCCCAGCUCUGGCGAGAGACAGGCCGAUGCCUCUGAGAGCGCCGCCUCGGCCCAGGAAAGCUCUCCCCCUCCAGAGGAACAUGGGAUGCGAAGCGAUAAGCCGGGGUCCGACCCAGCGCCGUCCCUUGGCCCCGCCACUGGCGUCCAGGCUGAAACCAGCCCCCUGCAGGCCCCAGGCCCUGUGGACGCCUCGUGCUCCUCUCCAGCAGCCCCCCACAGCGUCGGCACCAGUCCGAAGCAGGUCACAAAGAGAAAAAGACGGAGCCCAUCAUGUCCCAGUGGGCAAGGAGAUGUUUCUGGCAGGACCGGCUUGAGUAACCACAGCACCCUGGUGAAAAAUGAAGGCUUGAGGGCAUGCGAGAAAGAGGCUCUUGGGAGUGGGGAGGCAUCUCUGCUGGAACUGAACACCCCCCAGCUUGCUCCGCGCUGGGAGGAUCUAUUUCUGUCCUCUGUUGAGAAGGCGAUCGACACCCAACCAGGAAAAUGGAUGUCCCACAUCAUCCCAGGCCUCAAAGAAGAAGGACAGAAGUUUGAGGACCGGGACAGGGGAGACUUUGGGAAGGUGAAGGCCGCCAUCCUGCGGGUUGACGCGAUCAGCACAGAGGUGCAGCGGCAGCACUUCCGCCGAUUUCUGUACAAGGAGGCCAACGGGCCCCGCGAGGCCUGCAGCCGGCUCUGGUUCCUCUGCCACCGGUGGCUGAAGCCCGAGCGGCACAGCAAGGAGCAGAUCCUGGAGCUGCUGAUCCUGGAGCAGUUCCUGGCCAUCCUGCCCCCGGAGAUCCAGAGCUGGGUCAAGGAAGGCUGCCCGGAGACCUGUGCCCAGGCAGUGACGUUGGCAGAGGACUUCCUGGUGAGGCAGCGGGAGGCUGAUACGCCGGCACAGCAGGAACUGGGAUUGUAUGAAGAGGCUGGGGCAAGCUCCCCACGGGCAGAGGAAGCAUCAUUGGACGCUAAGGAGCCCAGGUGUCUGGAGGUCAAACUGGAGGGAGUCAGGAACAUUGGUGCGUUAGGUGAUUUGGACAUCAGUGAGAAUAAUGCAGAGAGUCCCCAACCAGAUAAGGGCGAACAUGAGCCAGGUGGGACAGCAGAGGGAAGGAUGGAACAACCUUUCCCCCUUUGUAGUGAGCAGGCAGAUGAUCCCAACUCGCAGAAGAGGCCCGAGAAGCCACCAAAGAAGCCCCCACGGAAGAGGGUCCAAAAGUCCAUUCCGUUGACGGGGGGUUAUGAAGACCUCGCUGUAGUCACACCAGAAAAAGAAGCCAGCCAGGAUGAGCCCCCUAUCAAGAUAAUAGUAUGUGAAGACAGCUUCAGUCCGGGCGUGGAUCAUGGAGGAGAGAAAAUCCACAAGUGCUCCGUGUGUGGCAAGUGUUUCAGUCUUCGCUCACGCUUGAUUGUCCACGAGAGAACGCACACGGGAGAGAAGCCGUAUACCUGCUCCGACUGUGGGCGAAGCUUCAGCGUGAGCUCCAGUCUCAUAGCUCAUCGGAGAACUCACACAGGAGAGAAGCCUUACAAAUGUUCGCACUGUGCAAAGAGCUUCAGCGUGAAGUCGGGGCUGAUCGCGCAUGAGAGGACUCACACGGGGGAGAAGCCCUAUAAGUGCUUGUACUGCAGCAAGAGCUUCCGUCGCAAUUCAGGCCUCGUCAGCCACCAGAGAAUCCACACUGGCGACAAGCCAUACCAGUGCUCAGUGUGUGAGAAAAGCUUCAGUGAUAUCUCCAACCUCAUUACGCAUCACCGGAUCCACACUGGAGAGAAGCCAUAUAAAUGCUUGGAGUGUGGGAAAAGCUUCAGCCAGAGCUCAUACCUUAAUAGCCACCAGAGAAUCCACACAGGGGAAAAGCCCUACGAAUGCUCUGAAUGUGGGAAAACCUUCAGUGUGAGCUCUCGUCUUAGGAAACAUCAGAGAAGCCACACAGGUGAGCGACCAUUUAUAUGUUUGGACUGUGGGAAAACCUUCAGUGAAAGCUCAGAUCUCCUUGCACACGAGAGGGCGCACACUGGAGAGAAGCCCUAUCGAUGCUCCUUCUGUGGGAAAAGCUUCUUGCGUAGCUCAGAAGUAGUUAGCCACGAAAGAAUCCACACUGGUGAAAAACCUUACCAAUGUGGGGAAUGCGGAAAAAGCUUCAGUGUGAGCUCACGCCUUAGUGCGCACCGGAGAAUCCACACCGGGGAGAAGCCUUUUCAGUGCAUGGUAUGUGAGAGAAGCUUCAGUUACAAAUCACACCUCAUUACUCAUCAGAGAAUACACACUGGUGAGAAACCCUUUCAGUGCUCAGUCUGUGGGAAGAGCUUCCGUGGAAGUUCUAGCCUUGUAGCACAUGAGAGGACACACACAGGGGAGAAACCAUACCGGUGCUUGGACUGUGGGAAAAGCUUUACUCAGAGCUCAAACCUUAUUAGUCACCAGAGAAUCCAUGCAGAAGGAAAUUCCUGAAAAAAUGGCCAGAGCAGGCCCAGUAGCUUGUUUCACCUCCUCAUCUCCUUUUCUGAAAGACUUACGUCUUUGAUACUUUGGUAGUGGUGCCUCUUCUCUACACCGGGAGGGACAUUUUUCAACAGUUGUGCAAUAGCAAUCAGUCAUUCUCUUUUGCAGAACAGAGCAGAGCACUGGCAUAAAACCAUUUUUAAAAGAACAGGGAUUUUGGGAGCCCAGCUGCAGAAAGUAGGUGGUGUUGAAUUGUUUGCUCUGUGAAAAUGGAGGCGUCUGUUGCAUAAAAAGGACCGCAUAAGAACAUCUCUUAAAUGACUGUCACACGUCUGGUUUCUGGAUCUUUAGGAGGUUUUCUUCCUUCUUCUGGAAGUGGGGGAAAGAGAAUCAUACAGGCUUGCACUGUGGGGAGCUCAGACUGGAAGAUGUUGAAAUCUUCCAAAAAAGGGAUGAAAUCUUUGGAAGCGUGACCCUGCCCACUUGUCCUUUUAUUUCGGUGUUAUCUGUAAGAUGACAAUAAUUCUGCUAGCUGAAUGCUGCUCUGUAAAAGGGCUGAUUUCUGCCACAACAGAGAAACGCUCAACCGACAUUCUGACCUGGAGAGUUGCUGGAGUACGAGCAGAGAAAAGAAAAAGACGGGUGGGAGUGAUGCAGUAUUGUGACCCCACACUUCAAAUCUCAUUUCUGGUCUCCACAAUGUUGUUCUCUUUUAUAUAUAUACCUCUCCUCCCACCCCCAAAAGAAAACCCCCUAGAGACUGAUAUUAGGAAUUGUUACACGGCUUGCUAAUGUUGCAACGAAUUUCCAUGGAAUCUGUCCCUCUAGCAUUUGUAGACUUCCUUUUGCGUUUGGUCCGGUCGUAGAAAGCAAGCUGAAUUGAGCGGAGGCCCGCGUACGCUCAGCCCUGGCAUUCUGCAUGAUCAAAAGCAGCGGUGUGUGACAUGGAAGGCGAUGCUAUUUGCCCAGCGGUCCUGCAGGACUCGGUGCCUGGUGAGGAAGUCAGAUUCACGACCACAGCAAAGCAGA